AUGUCUACCGCUGCGGUUACCGUCAUCAAGCCCAAUGGGCCCAUUCCAGGAGCGCAGGCUUCCGAGUCUGCCAACGAGCUUCCCCGUCCCUACAAGUGCCCUCUCUGCGACAAGGCCUUCCACCGCCUGGAGCACCAGACUCGACACAUCCGCACCCACACAGGCGAGAAGCCGCAUGCCUGCCAGUUCCCGGGCUGCAGCAAGAAGUUCUCUCGCUCUGACGAGCUGACCAGGCACUCGAGGAUACACAGCAACCCCAACUCCAGGCGAGGCAACAAGGGCCAGCAGCAGCACCAGCAGCACCUCCACCAGGGCAUGCCGCACCCUCUGCACGUCGACGGCAUGAUGGCUCCUCCUCCUGCGCCCAAGGCCAUUCGCUCAGCGCCCGCCUCAGCCCUGGUCUCGCCCAACGUCUCGCCUCCUCACUCCUACUCUUCUUUCGCCGUGCCUACAGUUUCCAUGCCUCACUAUGGCCGUGGCACCGACAUCUCAAUGCUCGCAAACGCCGCCCAUCAGAUUGAGCGCGAGACUCUAUCUGGCGGCCCCUCCAACCACAACUCAAGGCACCACCCUUACUUCAGCUCUGGUAUGCAGGGCCCUCGGGGCCACGGCCCUUCGCUCUCCUCGUACCACAUGGCCAGAUCUCACUUCAACGAUGAUGACGAUCACUACCACGGAAGCAUGAGGCACGCCAAGAGGUCGAGACCCAACUCGCCUAACUCUACCGCUCCCUCUUCCCCCACCUUCUCGCACGACUCUCUGUCGCCCACUCCGGACCACACUCCCAUCGCAACUCCCGCUCACUCACCUCGACUCCGCCCCUUCUCCGGAUAUGAGCUGCCCAGCUUGAGAAACUUGUCUCUGCAGCACAACACCACUCCGGCGCUGGCCCCCAUGGAGCCCACUCUUGAUGCCCCUCAGUUCCCUCCUCAGGCGCAGGGCCUGACCUCUCGCGGCUCUGGCAUUUCAUUAACCGACAUCAUCAGUCGUCCCGAUGGAAGCCAGAGGAAACUGCCUGUUCCCCAGGUACCAAAGGUUGCGGUGCAAGACCUCCUCUCUGACGGGAUGUUCCCCAAUAGCGGCAGGAGUUCAACUACAGGCAGCCUUGCCGGCGGUGAUCUUAUGGAUCGGAUGUAG